AUGACGAAAUUAACACGACUUGAGGCACAAGAGCUAAGAAUAGAAAAUGAUAUAGAACAUAUACAACAAGACUCAGAAUCAAAAGAGCUUUACAAAUCCACAUCAGCAAUAUCCGUAAUAUAUCGACCAUCAACAAGCUAUGGAAGCAUCACACUAAUGCAAGAAAUCAUAUUCAUGAUAUUCAUGUGUUUCUCCCAACUAUUUACCCAAGCAGCCGUUGCCCAAACCAUGAACACAUCACUCCUCAUUGCAAAAACCUUCGACGUUUCCGAUCAACCAGGAGAAAUCUCCUGGUUUUCCGCUGCAUACUCAAUGACUGUUGGGACUUUCAUCUUGAGCUCAGGGAGAUUGGGGGACAUGUACGGAUACAAGAAAAUGUACAUUAUUGGAUUUAUUUGGUUUGGUGUCGCUUCCCUAUUAUGUGGUUUUGCUGGCUUAGCUGCUUGCAAACUCUUCUUUGAUAUUCUGAGAGCCUUGCAAGGUAUUGGGCCAGCGAUUAUGAUGCCCAAUACACAAGCAUUAAUUGGAGCAUUUUAUCAAGAUGGAACUAGAAAGAAUAUGUGUAUGGCUUUUUUUGGUGCAAUUGCUCCUACUGGAUUUUUCGUGGGUGCAAUCUUCAAUGGACUUUUAGCAGUGAAAAUAUGGUGGGCGUGGUCAUUUUGGAUAGGAGGAAUCGCAAGUAUUGUUGUGGGUAUAUUGGCCCUCUUUGCCAUUCCAAAAAAUAUCGGAGUUCUAUCAGGCGGUUCAUUUGAUUAUUGGGGGUCAUUGUUUGGAGUGUCCGGGUUGAUUCUUAUUAAUUUUGGAUUCAAUCAAGGUCCAAAUGUAGGUUGGUCAACCGUAUACGUAUAUGUCCUUUUUAUAAUUGGGUUUGCGUGCAUGGUUGUAUUCUAUUUUGUUGAAAAGAAAGUCAAAGAUCCACUAGUACCACCAGAAAUAUUCAAAGGAGAAACAGGAUUGGUCCUCAUUUGUGUUGCUGCAGGUUGGUCCAGUUUUGGGAUCUGGAUCUUUUAUCAAUUCCGCUGGGCCCUCAUUGUUGACAACGACACUCCCAUAAUGCUUGCAGUAUAUAAUAUCCCCACGAUUAUCACGGGAGCACUCGCCUCAGUAGCCACCGCAAUACUUUUAACUAAAAUUCCAUCAGCAGUUGUCAUGUUUUUAUCAAUGUUGCCAUUUUUGAUUGGGAUUGUGCUUAUGGGAACUCGUCCAGUUGGGCAAACUUAUUGGGCACAGAAAUUUGUCAGUAUAUUGAUCCAACCAAUCGGAAUGGAUAUGUCUUUUCCAGCUGCUUGUAUUGUAUUGAGUACUGCUUUCCCAACGCAACAACAAGGCAUUGCUGGGUCUUUGGUAUCAACGUUUGUGAAUUAUUCCGUUUCCAUAGGAUUGGGGUUAGCUGGUGCUGUUGAGUACUAUACAACUAAGGGUAUGGAGCCUAGCCUUGAAACCGACAUUCAUGGAAUGAGAAACGCAUUCCAUAUGGGAACCGGGUUGGCUGGGUUGGGAGUACUAGUAUCGGCUGCAUUUAUGGUAAUUCAGUUGAUGAAUCGUAAGAGGUUCAUAGAGAGUCAAAUGUAUGAAGAAAAGGGCAACGAUACCCAGUAUCUGGCGUAG